UCGCCUUGUUAUCCCUGCUAUCCACGUGCCCCCCUUGUUAUCCUCGUGCUCCCGGCCUUGUAGCGGUGCCGUGGCGGGGCGUGUAGGCGUUGACAUGUAAGCCCCGGUCGUCUACCCUCCGUGCCCUAUGGGGGUCCGUGGACGGGGCAGCACUCACGGUCAACGGCACUGCCCAUACACUCAGUCCACCCUGGCGGGGACCUCACCAAUGACCUCCAUGAAAACAGGGUCCCAGACAAGCCAGUUGGUCUGAAGGCCGUGGCGCUGACUGACCACAUCAGGGUGUGCUGGCAGCCCCCCGCACAGCACAAUGUGAUGCUGUGCGGCUACACCAUUGCCUGGGACCAAGGCGUGGCGGACAUCUACUCCAAGAUCGUGGACAGCAAGCAGCACGGUUACAUCAUUGAUAAGCUGGAACCCAACAUGGAGUUUGUGAUAAGCCUGCGAGCCUUCAACAACGUGGGUGACGGGCAACCGGUGUACCAGCAAGUCCGCACCCAGCCAGAGGAGGAGGAGGUGGUGGCACCCACGCUGGACCCGGCGGUGUGGGUGAAGGCCGUGGUGCUGACGCCCUUCACCGUGGUGCUGCAGUGGGCGGACACCAUGCUGAGCCAGAACCAGUACAACAGCUGCACCACCUUCUCGUCCUCAUCCUCCAGCCGCUACGUCAACGCCACGGAUGUGACCUGCCUCAUUGACAGCCUCAAGCCAUCAACAGUGUGUGAGUUUGCUGUGAAGACCAUCAGGGUGAGACCACAGUGCUGGAAGCCUUCGUUCUUCUUUCAGUAAAUAUUCACUCAGUCCUGCAACACUUCUCAAGGAAAUCCUGCACAGCUGAAUCCUUGCUGUGAUGAGGCACAGAGAAAUUAUGACUCAUAGGGUUUGGUGUGAGUCCCCCUAUAGCCUGGUGGCCCGGCCGUCCUGGCCCUCCCUGGCCAGCCAUCCACCACCACCUUCACCCGGCAGCCGUCCACCACCACCUUCACCCGGCAGCCGCUGCAGCGGAACAAUGGGAGGAUCACAGGCUACGUGAUAUUCCUCACCACGGACCAAACUGUCAGUGACUGGGUGACGGGGGAAGUGACGGGGGACUGGCUCACCCUCACCGUCCAUGGACUGACGCCUUCAAGGAAGUAUUUGCACAAGAUGCACUCUCACAAUGUCAAAGGUUUUGGUCCAUUCUCCUCCGUGGAAAGCUUCACGACUCUUCCAGCUGUUGACAAGAGCAUCGGUGAGCCCCCUGGCUGGUGUGUGGAGCGAGAGGCCUGAUUGUGCUGGUGAUCGCUGGCGUGGCAGGAGCCAUGACCAGCUGGGGCCUUCUUGGCC